AUGGCGGGGCCGGCUCUGGCGUCCGGUCUCCCGCGCCUGAUGGGGUCCCUGACCGGCGCCGCGCGGCGGUUCACGAACAAGCCGAAUGGGGGUUCCGCAGCGGCGGUCGACAGCGCCAGCCCCUCGGCCCCCCACACCGACCUCUCCACGCCCGGCGCGUCCAACCCCGCGGCCGCCGGCGUCGCGCCCGGCUGGGCCCGCCCCCCCGUCGCCCCCGCUCGCCCGGGUGCCUUCAAGACCUUCUCCGGGUUCAGCGCAUCCGCGACCGGCAACGCGCCCGUCAGCCAGCACAUCCGCUCCAUGAAGUCGACCCCGCCCGACCGCCGCAGCCCGAUGCCCAGUGAGGCGACGUCCGCCGCGCACGCGCCCGAGGCUCCGCAGCACGUUGACGUCUCCAGGUACAUCCACGACACCUACACGCCGUACGACGGCGACGGUUCGUUCCUCGCGGGCGCGACCGCGGGUACCCUCAAGCAGUACGAGAUCGUCAGCCGCCUCCUCGCCGAGGAGAUCAAGAGGGGCGGGCUGCUCGAGGUGGACGAGCAGACCCCCUCGAACGUGUGUUCGCACCGCCCGGGGUACAUUGACAAGGAGUCCGAGGUCAUCGUGGGCCUCCAGACGGACAAGCCGUUCCGGCGCGCGAUCAAGCCGUUCGGCGGCUGGCGCACGGUCGACAGCGCGCUCAAGGCGUUCGGCAAGGAGCUGCCCGCGCACCUGCGGCAGAUCUUCACGGAGCUGCGGAAGACGCACAACGACGGCGUGUUCCAGGCGUACACGCCCGAGAUGCGCAAGUGCCGGAAGGCCGGCAUCCUGACGGGCCUGCCGGACGGGUACGGCCGCGGGCGCAUCAUCGGCGACUACCGCCGCGUGGCGCUGUACGGCGUGGACGCGCUCGUCGCGCAGAAGAAGUCCGACCUGCAGAACGUGCUCAUCGGCGUGAUGGACGAGCCCACGAUCCAGCUGCGCGAGGAGGUGCACGAGCAGAUCAAGGCCCUGGAGGACCUGAAGAAGAUGGCGGCCGAGUACGGCGACGACAUCUCGCGGCCCGCCGCGAACGCGCGCGAGGCCGUCCAGUGGACGUACUACGCCUACCUGGGCGCGGUCAAGCAGCAGGACGGCGCGGCGAUGUCGUUCGGGCGCGUGGACGCGUUCCUGGACACGUACAUCGAGCGCGACAUCGCCGCGGGCGCGAUCACGGAGGAGCAGGCGCAGGAGAUGAUCGACCAGCUUAUCCUCAAGCUGCGCAUCGUGCGCCACCUGCGCUCCCCGGACUACAACGCGCUCUUCUCGGGCGACCCCACGUGGGUGACGAUGGCGCUGGGCGGCACGGCCGAGGACGGCCGGCACAUGGUGACGCGCACGACGUACCGCAUCCUGCAGACGCUGCACAACCUCGGCCCGGCGCCGGAGCCCAACAUCACCGUGCUGUGGCACAAGGCCCUGCCGGAGAACUUCAAGCGCUUCUGCGCGAAGAGCAGCAUCGACACGUCGUGCAUCCAGUACGAGAACGACGGCGCGAUGACGGGCUUCUUCGGGAACGACUACGGCAUCUCGUGCUGCGUGUCGGCGAUGAGCGUCGGCAAGGACAUGCAGUUCUUCGGCGCGCGGUGCAACCUGCCGAAGCUGCUGCUGUACGCGAUCAACCAGGGGCGCGACGAGGUGACGGGCGUGCAGGUCGGCCCGAAGCUCGCGCCGUGCGCGGAGGAGGGCAAGCCGCUGGACUACGAGACGGUGCGGGCGCGGUUCGAGGAGUACAUGGAGUGGCUGUCGGGCGUGUACGUCAACACGAUGAACUGCAUCCACUACAUGCACGACAAGUACUCGUACGAGUCGGUCCAGAUGGCGCUGCACGACACGCACGUGCGCCGCUUCCUGGCCAUGGGCGCGGCGGGGGUGUCGGUGGUCGCCGACUCGCUCUCGGCGAUCAAGCACGCCAAGGUGUACCCGAUCAAGGACCCCGAGACGGGCCUCUUCGUCGACUACAAGGUCGAGGGCGACUUCCCGUGCUACGGCAACGACAACCAGACCGUCGACGGGCUGGCGCAGUGGGCGGUCUCGACCUUCUACGACAAGCUCGCGCAGCACAAGACGUACCGCGAGGCCAUCCCCACGCUCUCCGUCCUCACCAUCACCUCGAACGUCGUCUACGGCAAGAAGACCGGCAACACCCCCGACGGCCGCAAGAAGGGCGAGCCGUUCGCCCCGGGCGCCAACCCGCUCCACGGCCGCGACACCACGGGCGCGCUGGCCUCGCUCAACUCGGUCGCGUCGCUGCCGUACGAGAAGUGCCUCGACGGCAUCUCCAACACCUUCACCCUCGUCCCCGCCGUGCUCGGGAAGGAGGAGGCCACGCGCGAGUCGAUCCUGACGUCGAUCCUCGACGGCUACUUCGAGAAGGGCGGGCACCACAUCAACGUCAACGUGCUCAACCGCGAGAUGCUGAUGGACGCCAUGGACCACCCCGAGAAGUACCCCAACCUCACCAUCCGCGUGUCGGGGUACGCCGUGCACUUCGCCAAGCUCACGCGCGAGCAGCAGAUGGAGGUCAUCUCCCGCACGUUCCACGAGUCGAUCUGA